CUGGGGCCAGAGCACACGGAGUGAGGCUGAGUCAGAGCCAGAAGGGCCAAACACGAAUUCGUGCACCUCUCAUCUUGCAUUUAAUGAAGGGAACAACCUGCCUUACCUGUGCUGCACACCUGAGCACUGAUCAGAGACACCCAGAGACACAGGAGGAGCAGGAGCUGCGCUGGGAGAGGCUGGGCAGGAGGAAAAUCUCCAGCUGCUUUUGGGGUCUCUAGAGCUCCUGUGUUACAGUGUCCCUGGAUCUCCCUCCUCUCCCCAGGAUGCUGGGAAGGGUCCUGUGCACAGUGCUGUUCGUGGGAGCCCUGCCACCCCCAGCUGGAGCCUCCCAGGGCCACAUCUCCGUCAUCCUGCUGGGAGCCACGGGGGAUUUGGCCAAGAAGUAUUUGUGGCAGGGUCUGUUCCAGCUCUACAUGGACCAAGUGAGCAGUGGCCACAGCUUCACGUUCCACGGGGCUGCCCUGGCAGCUCUGGAGCCGGGGCAGAGGCUGAUGUUUGAUGUGCUGAAGCAGCUGUCCUGUCCCCCCGACGAGCCUCCCAACCGCUGUGCCGUGCUCAAGGACCAGUUCCUGAAGCUCAGCCAGUACCACCAGCUGAAGACUGCCGAGCACUACGCAGCUCUGAACAGGGAGAUUGAGACCCUGCUCAGCCAGGAGGGGCUGGAGGAGGCUGGCAGGAUCUUCUACUUCUCCGUGCCACCCUUUGCCUACACGGAGAUCGCGGGGCACAUCAACAGCAGCUGCCGGCCGCGCGCCGGGGCCUGGCUGCGCGUGGUGCUGGAGAAGCCCUUUGGCCAUGACCUGCCCUCGGCCCAGCAGCUGGCUGCACAGCUGGCAGGCUUCUUCAGGGAGGAGGAGAUGUACCGUGUGGACCAUUACCUGGGCAAGCAGGCUGUGGCCCAUAUCCUGCCUUUUCGGGAUCAGAACCGACAGUUUCUGGACCCCAUUUGGAACCGGCACCAUGUGGAAAGAGUGGAGGUGGUCUUGAAGGAGACUGUGGAUGCUAAAGGCCGCACCAGCUUCUACGAGCAGUACGGGGUGAUCCGGGACGUGCUGCAGAACCACCUCACCGAGGCCCUCCUGUUCCUCAUCAUGGAGCUCCCUGCCAACGUCAGCAGUGCCCAGGAGGUGGUGCAGCACAAGCUGCAGGCCUUCCAGGCCCUGUGGGGGCUGCAGAGGAGCAGCGCCGUGCUGGGGCAGUACCAGGCCUACGACAGCCAGGUGCAGGAGGAGCUGCCCGAGGCACGGGGCCACGUCAGCACCACGCCGACCUUUGCAGGAGUGCUGAUCCACAGCCACAGCCUGCGCUGGGACGGGGUCCCGUUCCUGCUCACCUCGGGGAAGGCUCUGGAUGAGCGGGUGGGCUACGCCCGCGUCCUCUUCAGGAACAGGGCCUACUGCCCUCAGAGUGGCACGCUGAGGGAUGCAGGCCACAGCCAGUGCAAACCCAAGCAGAUCAUCUUCUACUUUGGGCACGGUGCUCUCAACACCCCCGCGGUGCUGGUGAGCAGGAACCUCUUCCGGCCUGCCAUGCCCAAGGACAGCUGGAAGGAAGCAGGAGCUCGCUCAGACCUGCACAUCUUCGGACAGCCGCUGUCUGAUUUCUACAUGUACAGCCCUGUCAAGGAAAGGGAUGCCUAUUCUGUCCUCAUCUCCCACAUCUACCACGGCAGGAAGGAUUUCUUCAUCACCACGGAGAGCCUGCUGGCCUCGUGGGCCUUCUGGACGCCUCUGCUGGACAGCACGUCCCGCCAGCCCCCGCGCCUCUACCCCGGCGGCGUGGAGAACCAGCAGCUGCUGGACUUUGAGAUGGUGGCCGGGGGAGUGGAGUUCAGCCUGGCAGAGCCGGCAGAGCUGCUGCACCCCAGCGGGCAGAUGCCAAGUGAGUUCAGGGCCAUCCAGUCCCAGUUCCGGCAGAGUCCCCUGGUGUCGGCCUGGGCCGAGGAGCUGAUUGCCCGGCUGGCCUCCGACAUGGAGGCGGCGGCCGUGCGCAGCGUGGCUCGCUCGGGCCAGUUCCACCUGGCCCUGUCGGGCGGCUCCAGCCCCGUGGGGCUGUUCCAGCGCCUGGCCAGGCACCACCACGGCUUCCCCUGGCAGCACAGCCACGUGUGGCUGGCAGACGAGCGCUGCGUGCCCCUGACCGACGGCGAGUCCAACUUCCAGGGCCUGCACCGGCACCUCCUGCAGCACGUCAGGGUGCCCUACCUCAACAUCCACCCCAUGCCCGUGCACCUCAACCGCCGCCUCUGCGUGGAGGAGGACGGCGGUGCCGAGCUCUACGCCCAGGACAUCGCGGCCCUGGUGGCCAACGCCAGCUUCGACCUGGUGCUGCUGGGCGUGGGCACGGACGGACACACGGCCUCGCUCUUCCCCCGCUCCGAGCACGGCCUGGAAGGGGCUGCCACGGUAGUGCUGACCGAGAGCCCCGUCAAGCCCCACCAGAGGAUGAGCCUCAGCCUGCCCCUCAUCAACAGGGCCAGGCAGGUGUUCGUGCUGGUGCUGGGCAAGGGCAAGCACGACAUCACCGCGCUGCUCAGCAGGGUGGGCCGCGAGCCCCGCAAGUGGCCCAUCUCGGGGGUCAGCCCCAGCUCUGGCCAGCUCGUCUGGUACGUGGACUAUGAAGCUCUGCUGGGGUGAUGCUGCAGUGUCCCUCCUCCCCUGUCUGCGUGGCCUUCACAGCCUGGAUUGUCACACACAAUGUCCUUGUUCCUGCGUUGCCAGCAGCAGCUCCAUCCCUGACACCUCCGGCCCUCAGGGGGACCCAAGGCCUGCAGCACCCCUGGCACUGGAGCCUGGGUGAGCUGGGCUCAGUGGCCAGAGCUCAGGAGGAGCCACAAGCCCAGUGUGGCCUUUCUGGCUCUGCUCUGGGUUCUCUGCCCUGCACACCUCUGGUGUUUGAGCCUGGGCUCUGUGUUUGGAGCUCAGGAGGAGCCACAAGCCCAGUGUGGCCUUUCUGGCUCUGCUAUGGCUUCUCACUGAGACUUUGGACAAAUGACUUCACCUUGAAGUGCCUCAGUUUCCCUGUUUGUGCUUACUGGCAUUUAACUACCUCACAGGUACUUCAGGGGACUUGUUAAAUCAACUGCCUGCCAAAUUCUGUCUAAUUUAAUGUAAUUCUCAGGCUAGAGACAACAGUACCACAUUGAUCCCUGCCCUGCUCAGCCUGGCUGGGCCAGGCCCUUGUCUCAGGGCAGUGAUGGUGGUUUGCACGUGGAUGUGUAACCCUGGAUGUGUUGGGGCUCUGGAAAUAACGGGGCAGGCUGAGAGUAUGGCACAGCUCUGCUCUCCAAUUAUUGCACUCUGAGAGUGCAAUAAUUACUGAGGGAAAGCUUGGUGCUCAGAGGAAAAGCUUGGGUUUAGCUAGCAGAGAAAUCUUAUUUUUGAGCGAAAAUGCCCGUGUUCACUUCAUUCCAGUUCUUUUGUAUUUGGUGCGAGGGAACAAGUUUUAAUGAAAAAGUGACCUAUGAGAGAGUAACUAUAUUGUUAUGAAUACCAGUUUAUUCCUGUCUUACAGGUGACUGUGGCAUUAGAGUUUUCUUAUUUUUGCACACUUGCUUGGCAAUAUGUGGCUGGCACCUUUUGAAAUGAACACUGAAAGGUUCAUUUGCACUUUGAAAUAAGCACAUGGGCUUUUCCCCAGGGACCUACUGUUCUUUGCAGGUGAAAAUAGGCUUUAUUUGUGAAGUCUCUAUCUAGUGGGUCACCCCAAAAUAUAUCCAAGAUUUUAUUAAAAUCCAUUAAAAGUU